AUGUCGUCUAACGAAGACGACCUCAACGAUCGCGAAAGCUCCCAUGAGCCGUCUCAAUCCAAGAAAAGACGAGUUGCUAGAGCCUGUGAUUCUUGUCGUAAACGCAAAAGCGACGGAAUCCAGAUGCGUGGGAGUCAAUGCUCGAACUGUAUCGCCUCCAAUUUUGAUUGCACUUAUGUAGAAGCAGCCAAGAAACGUGGACCCCCAAAGGCAUACGUUGAAAGCUUGGAAACUCGAAUUGAGAAGAUAACAACCCUCUUCCACAAUUUAAUGCCCGACUUGGACCUCGCGAAGGAGCUGGAAUCAAAUUUGUCAGGCAAGAGGAACAACUCCUGGCAGCGUCCAAACGCACACUCUCCUCCGAGCAGAAAUAGCACUACUGAAGCCGCCAUUAGUGCCAUUCGUCGGUGGGACAUAUCUCCAGAAUCAUCCUCACAACAAAACGCGGAGGACGGAGAACACAUAGAACUUGCUGAUAACAUCAAGAGCCUGCAAGUCGAUUCCCGCGAGUAUCGAUUCUUCGGGAAAUCAAGCGGUGCUAUGCUCAUCAAAACAGCAAUUGACCUAAAGCAGGAAUUCACAGGAAGGAAAACCGAUAUGAAACCUGUCGUACUGGGAGAACGCAGACCAGAAUUUUGGCAACCUCUGCCUUGGGAGGAUAAUGCAUCUGAUAAUUCUAGUCUUAAUUAUACUUUUCCGGAAGCAGAUCUUCUGGCAAGUCUCAUUAACGCCUACUUUGACAACGUAAACAUUAUCCUUCCUCUCCUCCAUCGUCCGACAUUCGAACGGUCCGUGUUAGAAAAGCUGCACUACCACGACGAUAUGUUCGCUGCAAUUGUCCUGCUGGUCUGUGCGGUUGGAUCGAGGUAUAUCGAUGAUCGAAGAGUCUUACUUGACGGAGUUCGCUCUUGGCAUUCGUGCGGAUGGAGGUAUUUCAAUCAAGUUCAACUAGUACGCAAGUCAUUGUUGGCACCACCCACCUUGUAUGACCUUCAGUUUUAUUGUCUUUCGGUACAAUUUUUACAAGGUUCAUCUGCGCCUCAUUCAUGCUGGACAAUGGUUGGCAUAGGCAUUCGGCUCGCGCAAGAUGUGGGUGCCCACCGGCGUAAACCAACAAAACCCCUGACAGUAGAAAAUGAGUUAUGGAAAAGAGCCUUUUGGGUUUUGGUUUGUAUGGAUCGUAUGUUCAGUACGGGGUUGGGUAGACCUUGUGCUAUACAGGACGAAGAUUAUGACUUGGACAUGCCUGUCGAAUGUGACGACGAGUAUUGGGAGCACCCAGAUCCAGCUAUGGCCUUCAGACAACCUCCCGGAAAACCUUCUACCGUGUCUGCGUUUAAUACUUUCAUCAGGCUUAAUGUACUUCUAUCGAUAGCGCUGAGGACCAUUUAUGCCAUUAACAAGUCGAAGAUCCUGAUGGGCUUUGGAGAAGUCCAAUGGGAGCAACAUAUCGUCGCAGAACUAGAUUCUGCGUUGAACCGAUGGGUAGAUUCAGUUCCCGAUCAUCUCCGUUGGGAUCCUAAUCGCGAAGAUGAAACUUUCUUCAGUCAAUCGGUUAUGCUUUAUUCACAUUAUUAUCUCGUCCAAAUCCUUGUCCAUAGGCCGUUCAUUCCUUCCCCGAAGAAGCCCUCGCCGCUAUCGUUUCCUUCCUUAGCUAUUUGUACGAACGCAGCGAGAUCGGCAAGUCACAUCAUUGACGUGCAAAGGAAAAGACAAACUUCUGUGCUUCCGUUCUCACAGAUUACUACAUUCACGGCUGGCAUCGUCCUUCUAUUGAACAUUUGGGGUGGCAAACGCUCUGGUUUGUCUACUGACCCAAAUAAGGAGAUGACUGAUGUGUACAAAUGCAUGCAAUCGCUUAAAUGCUGCGAAGACAAGGAUAUUCUGUACGAACUUGCUUCUGUUGGCGAGCUUCCUCUACCUAAUGCUAGCCCAACGGCAACGAACAAGCGGGAACGAGGAGCCGAAAGCCCAAUGUCAUCCGCAGAAACUUCAGAGGGCAGUCCUUGCCUUUCGCUUUCAGACGCCCCUGUUUCUCCGGACUCGCGCUCCAUAGCCGGUUCUCGACGUGUUUCUGCUGCUACGUCAGGCAAUUUUGACUUUCUUAAGCCCACGGCAACCGCGACAUCAUCGCUUCAUCAUACCGCUGUAGGCGAAAGCGCACUUUCAACUGACUCAUCCCCUGGGAUGCAACUCUUCUCUCUUCCCGUUUACAGCAAUGAGCUCGGUCGAUUACCCCUAUAUGGACAGGUUAACUUUUCGGCAAGACCUCAUCCCAACUCGCAGCCUCUAGACUGGUGUCCUCCUCAUCGUGCGGGAUCUUCCAGUUCAAAUGUGCCCGAAAUCGUCACACAUUCACAAUACAUCCCGCCUGAAUACUAUAACUAUGGUCAUAACGAAAGCGGAGUUGCUCCACCGACGAAUUCCGCUGUGCAUGAUUCAAUGUUAUACCACAAUGGUCCGCUGAAUGAUACCGCGGGUCCUGGUCUUUCCUCUGUGGCUGCAUAUUCUGGAGACUCACCACUACAUCCUUCGGACGGUUUGCUCUCAAGCAGGAACGGUGUAAAUAUGCCUAUGUCCUUAGAUAGUGAUACGUUCGCCAUGUGGUCAAACGCACCUUCUGGGUUCGAACUCGAUGAUUGGGGGACAUAUUUGACCAACGUGAGCGAACUAACACAAACCAUGAAUCGUGGUCAAGAUUCCUUCCAACAAGGUUAA